UGUAUAUAGGGAGGGCAAGAGCUCUGGGAAGACCCACUGGCAAGCUUCAAUGUAGCUGUGGGUAUCUGUACCCUAUAAGGGCCUAGUAUACCCAUUCUAGUACCUGCCAUAAUUAUGGAAGGUCCAACUUCAAGCACCAACGGGAAGAAGAGGAAGAGGAGUCCCUGUGAAUCUAGUAAUAAAGAAAGUGAUGAGAAGCAGAAGACAGUGAAAACAGACUCAACUCCUGUACAAAGAAGUUUGAAGAAGACCAAAAAAUCAAAACAUUUAACAGUAUUAGAGUGUUCCUACGAGAAGGAUGAGAAAAUAAAUUCAAAUCAACUGGGGAAUGACCAAUUCAAAGAGAUAUCCACUGAUCCAGUCCAAGAGAAGAUGGAGGAAGACCUAGAGUCAUUUAAAGUAUCUUCACAGGAGGAUGAAGACCUAGACUUCUGCGACGUAUCUUCACUAGAGGAUGAAGACCUAGACUUAUGCGAAGUAUCUUCACUAGAGGGUGAAGACAGAGAUGACUCAUCUCAAGGAUGCUCACAGGAGUAUGGAGAGUGUUCAUCACACAUGCAGAAACCAAAUUAGACAAAUCAUCACCACUGAUGGCAAUGAUUAUAAUAAAAUCAAGUGUGAGGAGCUGA